CCUCCUCCGCCGCCUCCCGGUUCCGCAGUCACUUCCUGCAGCUGGUUCCCGGUGGGUCGGCUCGGGCUGACUUUUUUUUGACAGUCAGCCUUCGGCGGCGGAGCGGCCCGGGCUGAGGCCGCGGGUUCGGGGUUGAAGACUUGACCUGUCACGACCCACUCGAUUAUGCACAAGGUCUUCUCAUCCAAUGAUCCUCUUGCAGCGCGCUGGGCUUCCUCCACCUAAGCCACCCGUGGCCUCUCCUCCUAUGUCAGUGGCCUCCAGGUCUCCAGGAACGUUGCAGCUUCCUCAGCCAAAGUCUUUCAGGCCGGAGGCGUCCUUGCCUCUGGUAGGGGAGGAGGAGUUAGCCAAGGGAGGGGAGCCCGACUCUGCCCUGGAGGAACUGUGUAAACCCCUCUACUGCAAACUCUGCAAUGUCACCUUGAACUCUGCCCAGCAAGCCCAGGCGCAUUAUCAGGGAAAAAAUCAUGGUAAGAAACUCCGAAAUUACUAUGCAGCCAAUAGCUGUCCUCCUCCCUCCCGGAUGAGCAGCGCCGCGGAGCCUACGGCCACGCCGCUCGUUCCUGUCCCUCCACAGAUGGGGUCCUGCAAGCCGGGGGGCAGAGUGAUCCUGGCCACAGAGAAUGACUACUGUAAGCUCUGCGACGCUUCCUUCAGCUCCCCGGCAGUGGCCCAGGCUCACUAUCAAGGGAAGAAUCAUGCCAAGAAGCUGCGGCUCGCCGAAGCCCAGAGUAACUCAUUCUCGGACUCCUCAGAGGUGGGUCAGAGACGGACCCGGAGAGAAGGGAAUGAAUUUAAAAUGAUGCAUAGGAGAAAUAUGUACGCAGUACAGAACAAUUCAGCAGGUCCUUACUUCAACCCCCGCUCUCGGCAGAGAAUUCCGCGCGACCUAGCCAUGUGUGUCACUCCAAGUGGCCAGUUUUACUGCUCCAUGUGCAACGUGGGAGCCGGCGAGGAGAUGGAGUUCCGGCAACACUUAGAGAGCAAGCAACACAAGAGCAAGGUGUCUGAGCAGCGGUACAGGAGCGAGAUGGAGAACCUGGGAUACGUAUAAUGCUGUCACACUCACAUAGAGCAGUCCGUCCUGCCUCGUGUCUGCCUCCCGUCAACUCGCCCUGCUUGGUGACCCUUCCGAUAUGAGUCCGAUCCUCUGCUUUCGUGUUAACACAAGUAACAUGCAGUGGUACCAUAAGACGUCAGAUCGGGGGUGGGGGAGAGGGAGCCAUGCUUCCUGGGUCAUGAUGCUUUUCCUGGCCAACUGUUGAGCGUCUUACAGCAUGUGCCCUAUCUACCCCAUCAGAAACGUUUUAUCUUGGCUAAGUUCUGUUGGCCUACUAGCCUGAUGACUUAGAGCUGUGACUGUUUAAGAACACCAUCUUCUUUUGCAAUUUUAGUUUUGUGUCCCGUUUGAUGGAAAUUUGUUUUGAGUUCUUAACCUCAGAUCAUAGUAAACAUAGACAGAGAUCUCCAUUUCCCAAGGCUACUGUGGAACCAUGGCUCGAUGUCACUAAGAUGCACUGUUACAUUAUGUAAUAGGGUCUUUCCCAUGACAUCGUUUCCCUGUGAUCUGUCCUUCCAUCUGAGAAGCAGGCUUUCUUGAAUUCAUACCCUCCCAAAGUGCGUGUGUUCUUCCAAACAGGUAACGUCAUUCCUAGUUAUGAAUUUCACAUGCUCCGUUUCCACCUCCUUCCCUCUUCUCCCCUCCCCCACCUGCCUCAGUUCCAGUGAGCUCAUUUCCUAGUUGGACCAUGGGGUUUCCAGACCCCAGAUUUGAACAUCUAAUGAGUUGAAGAUGGAUAUGCUUAAAACUUUUAUUUUUCAGCUGAUUUAGGGAAAUGUGUUUGGUUUUUCAUUUUAGAAUUUCACUGGUAGUAAAUAUGAAUUUAUGGGGUAGUCUCAACCAAAAAGUUCACAUCUUUAACUUUGCCAGGUUUUUGAUGAUCUCAUUCUUAUUAUACCAUCCUGCCAGUUCCUGGCUCUCCUAAAUAUACUGCUAUCUACCAUUUUGUAGAUAGAAAUUUGUUUUUCAAAAAGCUGAUAGAGUUUUGAUAUCAUUUCCAGUAGAAAAACAUAUGCAUUUUGUUUUCUUUCUUGGCUUUUUGAAGAUACGAUAAACUUAGAUGACUUUGAUAUGUGAUAAUCAUGAUAGUAUUAUUUUUUAAAUAUAAAGCCAUAGCAUGUGCCUAGAUGGACCAAUGGAGUUUUACAUGAGCUUUCAUUAACUGCAUCCUCUCUGUUUACUGUCUUAACAUCAUGUGAAUAAUAUCAGCGCCCAUUUCUGCUUCUUUGGGAAGGGCUGCAUUCAGCAAGAAGACUGGAGUGUAUAGAUUUCACAAAGUGCUCAAUGCACCUUUGAUCACUUAGGUCAGCAAUGCAAAGGAAAGCUCCCACAUAACCUUGAGAAUUCCAGUGUAAACUUGAGAAUUCUAAGGUGAUAAGAUGGGAGAAAGAAAAUUCCCACCAUCCCUCCUCCUCCGUGACACCUCAGAAUACUGUUGGGUGGUUGGGACACAAGAUCACAAGUUCACCUCAGGAUGGUGUUCUAGGGGAGGACCAGUUUUUUCUGUCUUAUAUGAUUGAUUGCAAAGGAACAUUGGUUGUAAUUUUUUUUUUUCUCCCAGAAACUGAAGAAUGAAAAAAUGUUCUGUUGACAUUUUAGCUCCUUCUGCAAUUCUUAGUCUAGUAACUUUUUUUUUUUUUUUGCAGCGAUCUAUAGAGUUGAUUGGCUUAGGACAUUUUAGGGCCUGUCAGUCCCUUGGCUACUCAUUUUGCUGCUAAGUAUAAUUCUUUGGUAGAUUUCAACAUAGUGCUGGCCACUUGGUUCUAUGAUGACUUUUAAAAAAAACAACUCAUUUUCUCUCAGCAUAGGGGUAUGUUUGUAUGUCUAUGUCCUCAUCCUCGGUUUUAUGUGAUACCCUAGAGAGAAUUUCACUGAGUCUUUAUGUCAGAUAAGGCUAAAUGAUCAUGGAUACCUUUUUAUAAAAGUCGUAUUCAUCUGUGUUCACUUUUUCCUCUGGAAAUGAAAUCAAAGGACAUGCUUCCCCAUUUCCCCCACUGAACACUUUGAUUAUCUAUGUACAAAAAGCAGUGGACUUAAGGGCUUGACGUGUUUUCAAGCCCAUGAAUUCAGGUUUCCAGUUCCCCAAUGCCCUUAAUGGAUGUUGCGAACGCAUAAGCGCAUUUUCUUUGAACGAGAGACGUUAGAUUUAUAAUGUUAUUUCUUAACUUGCUCUAUUUCUUUGCACUAAAAAGAGUGAUGUGUUUGUUUUGUAUGAUACUUCAGUGCCAGGUUGCCUAUGAUAACGCGAUUGGUUUCUAGUUCCCAAGCUCUAGAAGUUGAUCCAUCACUCCAUGGUCAUUUUAGAGGUGACACGGAUGACUGAACAGCGGCCCAAUCCCCUGUGCCGCAGGUCAUAGUUUGGUUAGCUGCCCCGCAGUGUUCUGCCGUCCGGAGGGUGACGGGGUGGUCACAGCUGCAUGGUGCAAUUUCUCACGCGCAUGCGUCCUUUCGAGGCAGGUCUUUCCCUGUACAAAGCGGGCUGUGGCGGCCUGUUGGUCGGUAAGGUGAGGGCUCUAUGUGUUUGAUGUUUUGAGGUCUUGUUCUACCACAUACUCUGGGACCUGCGCCCAGGGUUCCCCUGGGAAUUGUGUACCAAUGUUCACGGAUAAAGGCCUAAAGGAAGGAAGACCUUUACUCCAAAAUUCAGUAGAUUUCAGUAUCCUCUCUAAGAGCUCACAGCAUCAGAGUGCAUUCUCGGGAGUAGCCCUGUGCACACAGUCAUGAAAAGCAGUGAUGAAGAUAACCAGAAGCUCUCCUAAGGUGUUGAGAGAGGGAAAACAGUUGUAAAAGAAACUGUCUAUGCUUCAGUUAGAAGAUUGGAUUCCAUAUGCCUUCAAAGUGUUUUAGUUUUUUUUUUUUAAACUUCAGUUACAAAACUGAGUGUGUCUUAUGCUCUUUUGAACUCUGCCCCGAACCAAGAAUACUGUGCUGGUCUUUGUUUGCAGUGUUCUGUGACUUGUGACUGACUGUGCGUCUGCUAUCCUUGAUGUCCCUCUGCUCGUCUCUUCUGCACUGCAUUCUAACAGGAUGGAUACGUCUUCAAGCAAUUCUGUUUGGAAAGCACUUGUUCACCAACUCUGCGCCCUUUAACUCAUUGGUCAGCAAACAUUGAGUGUGGAACCCUGACAUUGCAACAGGGAUUAUGGCUGAGGUAGCUGCAUAUCCCUGGGUCUUCCAAGGCUCACAGAACUGAUCUGUAGAACUCUACACUUGCUUGUCACUGGCUGUCUAUGAUUUGAACAAGGAGAAGAGGAGAAAAGAAAAAAAAAAUACACACUUUCAGUAUAGGUAUAUUAUGUAUCUAUGUGUACACCUGGUUCAAUCUUCCUGUGUAGAUACAGUCUGAGGACUAAUGGUGGGACUUAGGACUUAUUUCCCCCGUGUUUCCUGGGACUAAAAGCAGUGACAGUCUGAGGCUGUCUGGUGGCCUGUGAACUAGUCUUGCUUGUGUCUGGAGAGCAAUGUCCUCCCAGUGCUGUGUGCAAAGAGGCCUGGAAAGGAGGGUUUGGAAUGUGACUUGCUUUGUUCUGCGAGCGGCAGAACUUAGGCUGGAGUGUUAGCUGAGGACCUAGGUGUGCUGUGAGCUAAAGACAGGCGAGCUUCUUGAGCACUAAAUGGAAACCUUUUCUACCCCCGCAGGUAAAACGCUCAUGGAGUUUUGAACAAGUGUUUAAGUAAUUCUACCUGACUCACUCUUAUUUAUAAUUGGCAGAUCACUGUUCAGAGUUAUUAUAUAGUUAAAAAAAAAAGUAUUUUUGUUGUAUUCUUGGUGUGGGAAGCCUUGUGAGCUACGGCUGCCAACAUAACUGAGUGGACAGGUAGCUGUGUAAAUAGCUUCUUGUGAGACAUUUUAGUGAUAGCUGCUUCCUGUUUCCUUCUCAUUAUGAGUGGGGAUUGUUUGUGAAUUCCCUUUCUCUGUAGCUACCAAAAAAAAAAAAAAAAAGUACUGGCUUAGGGUCUCAUGUGACCUUGUGUCCGUUAAGCCCAGAAUAUGAGUGCCUUUAGCAAGUGUUAGUAUUUCACAGAGGGUAGAGAUGACAAAAUUAUAACCAUCAACCACUGUUCAUAGAUAGCUUGAAAUAACGAAGGUCUGUGGGAAUUAUCUUCUAACAUCUUGUUUUCUUUUUUUUUCUUUAUUUUCUUUUUAAUUUAAUGCAAUCUCAAUUUGAUAUCAGGUGAAACUGGUAUUACUGAUGGGGAGCCAUACACCCUGAAAAGGAAUCCAGUCACCCCAGCUGGCAACAGUCAUCACCUUGGUGUGUUACACUUGUAUUCACUUGUUCCAACUUGUCUUUUCUGUAGAGAAAAUUAUGAAUUUGCAAAUAAAGCAUAUAAAGAGAC